CAAAAAAAAGAAACAGAACCAUUCAUCAGACAAUUGUCUAGAAUUGAUUUAAUUUUAUACACAAGAUCUUCUAUGAUAAGUGAUUGAAUAGAAUUUUCAUUUUCUGGUGUAUGAAAAAAAUCAAUAGACUACGAUUACGCGAUUGUCCUCGAUGUGUCGCUAGAAUCCGUAAAGAUAGGUGUGUAAAAAUGUGCAACUGGUUGUCCUUUAAAUCCAUGUUUUAUAAGUACUGCAUCGCUUUGCUGUCAUAAAAUACAGCUGGAGGAAGACGAAAACUUUCGUAAGGUAUCAAUCUUCCAUUAUUUUCGUAGAUGUCAUGUAUAAAUCUAUUUACGAGUCUAAUGUUAAUUUAUUUUUAAAAUCGAUUUUUUCCUUUCGAUGGUUAUGUUGGAUUUUGUUUUUAUCAUUGGCAGUUGUUUUAUUGUUAUUAUCUUAUCUGUAUAUUUCGCCACUUCAAAAUAAGAUAAAUUAUAAUCGUCAGCAAAAUGAAAAUCUCGAUAAAACAAUGGCUUUGUUUGAUCCUCACGAUGUUCAACCGAUAUCAAGUUUCUCGUCGAAAAAGAAUUUCAAGUAAAUAGAGUGUAAAAUUUCUUUCUCUAAAAAAGUACCAUACAGUCAAUGAUCCUAAAAGCGAAUGAACGCAAUCUAUAAGAUCUAACAUGUCACUAUUGUGUAUAUUCCAUUUUUUGUUUGUUUGUUAAGGUUAUCUACUAUUUAUACUUUGUAAAUUGUCGUUGAUUGAAUGUAAUUAGUUUCAGUGCAUUUCAUGAUGUUCACUUAGAUAGAUUAUUUCGGAGAUAGUUUUCAUCCGAACAUGCUACUAGUUUGCAAUGCGGCAAUUGUCUCUCCUGAUAGGAAAUCCUCUCAGUCUGUAGAAAGCUUUUCUCUGAUUAGGAUGAAUUAAAAGCAUCAUUAAAUGUUAAUUUUUCUAGUCAUGUAAUAUAUGUUAUUUCAUUGGAUGGUAAAAUAACAGCGAUUGAUAUACGUCAAAAAGGUCGCCAAGUAUGGAUUGUUGAUACGGGUUCACCACUAGUAGAUUCGACUAUUAGUAAAAUUGAAAUAUUGCGUGAUUCAAAAUCAACUCGUCUAGUGCCAUCACUUGUUGGCGGACUUUAUAGGCUAUAUGAUGAUAAUGAAAAUAUGGAACCAUUACCAUUCGAUGCUGAGUCUUUACUGAAUACAUCAUUUCAAAUUCAAGAUGAACUAGUUAUGACAGGUGGAAAAUCUGUUGAUACAAUUGGUCUCGAUCUACAGACAGGAAAAACUAUUUAUUCAUUUUCAAAAGACGCUGGAACUCCGACAACAUCCGAUAGUGGUACAUGUCCUACAUCGAUGCUUAUUAUAAAACGUAUAAAACAAACAGUUCGCGCACGAUGCAUGCGAAGUGGAAAUGAAAAAUGGAAUUUCAGUGUUUCAAAUCAUGAAUUAAUUCAGAUAUAUGUUCCAUCGUCCGACGAAAUUCUUGAACAAACCGAUAAUCAUAGUGAACAGCCUAUUCAUUUCGAAUAUCAAUUACAAACUGGUUUAGUAUUAGCAUUCGAUUCUAGUAAUGAUCUUCUAUGGACGUCAUCAAUAAAUAAGCCAAUUGCUGCUGUAUGGGAAUUAAAGAAUGGUCAAUUAAAAGAAAAAUCAUUGUUAAAAACGAAAUUAUCACAUGAACUUGCUUUCAUGGGAAAAUUCAAUUCCAUGCCAUAUUUAAUCAUUUCAUCUCGUACUCAACGUCAAUUAAUUCAUAAUGCAAGAAAAACGAAUGAUGUUAGCUCAGCAAAUAUCAAGAGGUCAGUACUUUCUUUUGCUCAUAAAGCAAAUAUAAAACAUCGUCUAUCAAUCGAUUAUGAAUUAUCAAAAACUAAUAACAAACAUUCAACAAACGAUCAUAAUUAUCCAUUAGCAAUACGACAAGAUCAAUCUUGGGAUCCGAUUGGAUAUUUAGCAUUGUCGAAUCCGCAUGAAAGCACAGUCGAUGUAAACAUAAAAUCAACUGGCAUAUUGUCGACGAAUAUAUUGAUUGUGUCAAGCGUUUGUCUCUGCACUUUAAUUGUUAUACUGAUACUGUUUUCCAAACGAACACAAGUCGAUAUUCAACAUCAACAAUCGAUAAUAUCAGAGAAUAAGACUAUUCUUUUUGAACAUGAAUUAUCUCAGCCGUCCUUAACAUCAUCAUUUCAAUCUCGGUAUACACUUGAAUAUGAACAUGUUCGAUUUCUUGGACGUGGCGGGUUUGGUGUUGUAUUUGAAUCGAUCAAUAAAUUAGAUCAACGACGUGUAGCAAUAAAAAGAGUGUCCUUGAAAAAGUCAUCAAGUAAAGAACGAGCACUGAAAGAAAUUCGAUGUUUAGCUGUAUUGAAUCAUCCGAAUCUAAUACAAUAUUAUUAUGCUUGGCAUGAAUGCCCACCUAGUGGAUGGCAGGAAGAAAAAGAUGGGAAUUUAGUGGCGACAAACAAUGAACUAACUAAAGAUUCUUUAAGUCUGUUUUCAUCAUCUAUUCAAUUACAAAAACGAAAAUCUCCUUCUAUUUCGUAUAUUUCACCAUUAAUUGAUUUUACAUUUGAACGUUCAUUAAAUCAAUCGCUAACACACGACGAAAGUAAUUCAUCGUUAUUCGAACAUUCAGAAGAUAAUCACGAUCAAAUCGUACUCAAUCAAUCAGAAUCUUCUAGUGAAAAAUCAACUUCUGAUUGUCCUAUCACUUAUUUUUAUUUUGUUAUGGAAUUAUGUCAAACCGAGUCAUUACGCAAUCGAUUAAUGAAGCAAACUAUUACUCAAUCUGAAGCUUGGCUAAUUUUCGAUCAAAUAAUCAAUGGUAUUGAAUAUAUUCAUUUGCAAAAAUUAAUUCAUCGAGAUUUGAAACCAUCGAAUAUUCUUUUUUCUAUGGAUAAUACCGUAAAAAUUGGUGAUUUUGGUCUUGUAUCAGCUUUUGGCGAAGAAAAAAUUGAUCAAACCGAAAAUAACGAACUUGGCGGUACGGUACUUUACAUGAGUCCGGAGCAGAUCAACCGGCAAUCAUACAAUCAAAAAGUAGACAUUUAUGCUGUCGGCAUCAUUUUAUUUGAACUUCUAUGUCCAUUUUCUACUCAAAUGGAACGAAUACGAACAUUGAAAAAUAUUCGUCUUCAAACACCGGUAUUUCCAAAUGAUUUUGAACGCAACCAAUUAAUUUGUCGCUUAAUUCGAUGGCUAUUAGCUCAUUCGCCACACGAACGUCCGAAAGCAUGUGAAUUGCGUCAAGAUAUUUCAUAUCAAAAUAUACUUAGAAACGAAAAUUUGUCUUGUUAA